GUCGACCAUUUUUUUCACGCGUUGUGUGUAGUGAAGAAAUUAUUUAUCUCAUAAAUGAGUAGGAUUUUUACACAUUUUUAGUGUGUUAAAUUUAAUAAAAAAGAAGAAAUUAAUAUUUCUCAUAAAUAAAAAAACAAUUGACAAUUAAAUAACAUUAAAAAAUAUAUCAAAUAUACAUUUUAUUUGCAAACGAAAAAAUCAUUGAAAUAAAAUCGAAAAAAGUUUUUUUCUUCAAUUUGUCUAUGUGUGAGUGAAUAUACGGAAAAUUUUUUCAAUUCGUUCGUGCUGCUGAAUUGCUAGAUAUACAUAACUUUUUUCUUAUAAAACAAUUAUAUCUUUUUUUAAAUUUUCUUGAACAAUUUUUUGUAUUUGAAAUAAUAAAAAAAAAGACUUGUACCAUAAAAUUGUUUGAAUAUUGAAAAUUUCCUAAAGGGAAAGCACCAAAAAAACUAGCAACUGAUUGGAAAGUAAUAUGAGUAAUGCUAUUAACCAAAAUGGCACAGGUCUAGAGCAGCAAGUUGCUGGUCUGGACUUGAAUGGCGGCAAAGCUAAUAAUAGCAGCCCCAUAACAACUAAAAAUUCUACAACUUCUAGCUCUGGUGGCGUUUAUGUGCCUCCACAUUUAAGAGGUGCCAGUAGUAGUAGCUCAUUAAAAGCUUCAUCUUCAUCAACGGACGUUUCACAACCUCGUGACGAUACAAGAGGCGGUGGCAAUAACAGCGGUAAUAGUAGUAAAUACGAUAAUAGAGGUGAUCAACAACGUGGUGGUGAUUAUCGCAAAGGAGGCGGUGGUCGUAAUUUCAAUUCACGUGGUGGUGAUCGUCAAAGUGGUGAUUUUAGUAAUUUCGGUAGUGGUGGAAAUCGUCGUGGUGGUGGCCGUUACGAAGAUAAUUAUAACGGUGGUGAUAACGAAUCAAGACGCGGCGGUGAUAAUUGGAAUCGCGGCGGCGGAGGACGUUCUCAAAACAAUCGCAAUUACGAACGUCGCGACGACGAUCGUAAUAACUAUCGUGGUGGUGAUCGUUCAAAUAGUCGCAACGAAACAACAAAUGAUGAUCAGCAGCCUCAACAGCCUCGCAAUAAUCGUUGGCAAGAACCCGAACGCCGUCCUGAUGAGCAACGCAAUGGCGGCGGCAGCGGUAGCGGUAGCGGUGGCGAACGCAAAUACGGUGGUCGCUGGAAUGAUGAACGUCGUGGUGACAUCGAUUAUACUAAGCUGGGACCGCGUGACGAAAGACUUGAACAAGAGCUAUUCGGCACCGGUAAUACCGGCAUCAAUUUUGACAAAUACGAGGAUAUACCCGUGGAAGCGACGGGUCAAAAUGUCCCGCCCAAUAUCACAUCCUUCGAUGAUGUGCAGUUGACCGAAAUUAUACGCCAUAAUGUACAAAUGGCUAGAUAUGACAAACCGACACCGGUACAAAAGUACGCGAUUCCAAUCAUUAUAAAUGGACGCGACUUGAUGGCCUGUGCCCAGACCGGUUCAGGCAAAACGGCUGCCUUCUUAUUGCCGAUCUUGAAUCAAAUGUAUGAGCUUGGUAUACCACCACCACCCCAAAGCACACGUGGCUACAAUCGUCGUAAGCAAUAUCCAUUGGGUUUGGUGCUGGCACCAACUCGUGAAUUGGCUACACAAAUCUUCGAGGAAGCUAAGAAAUUCGCCUAUCGCUCUCGUAUGCGUCCCGCCGUUUUGUACGGUGGCAACAAUACAUCCGAACAGAUGCGUGAAUUGGAUCGCGGCUGUCACUUGAUUGUGGCCACACCCGGUCGCUUAGAAGAUAUGAUUACACGUGGCAAGGUGUGUUUGGACAACAUUCGUUUCUUGGUCUUGGAUGAAGCUGAUCGUAUGUUGGACAUGGGUUUCGAGCCUCAGAUCAGACGUAUUGUGGAACAAUCAAAUAUGCCCGUGACCGGACAACGCCAAACUCUUAUGUUCUCUGCCACAUUCCCCAAACAGAUACAGGAGCUGGCUUCAGAUUUCUUGAGCAACUACAUUUUCUUGGCUGUCGGACGUGUGGGUUCGACUUCGGAGAAUAUUACACAGACCCUGUUGUGGGUGUAUGAACAGGAUAAACGUUCAUACCUGUUGGAUCUGUUGCAAAACAUACGCGAUGGUUUGGAAUAUUCCAAGGACAAUUUAUGUUUGAUUUUCGUCGAAACCAAAAAGGGAGCCGAUGCACUGGAGGAAUUCCUAUACCAGUGCAAUCAUCCGGUCACCAGUAUUCACGGUGAUCGCACACAGAAAGAACGCGAGGAAGCCUUGCGUUGUUUCCGUUCGGGAGAAUGUCCAGUUUUGGUUGCCACUGCCGUGGCUGCUCGUGGCUUAGACAUUCCGCAUGUUAAGCACGUCAUCAACUUUGACUUGCCCUCCGAUGUAGAGGAGUAUGUACAUCGUAUUGGUCGUACCGGACGUAUGGGUAACUUGGGUGUGGCCACCUCAUUCUUUAACGAGAAGAAUCGUAAUAUAUGCGCUGAUCUCGUGGAGUUGUUGAUCGAAACGAAACAGGAAGUGCCCAGUUUCUUGGAAGACAUGAUGGCCUCGGAACGUUCUCAUGGCGGCAACAAGCGUCGUGGCAAUGGAGGCGGUGGCCGUUAUGGCGGUGGUGGUAGUGGCUUUGGCUCCCGCGAUUAUCGUCAGUCGUCUGGCGGUGGUGGUGGUGGCAACCGCAACAGUAAUCGUGGCAGUAAUUCAGGAGGUGGUGGCGGCGGUGGUUCCUACCGCAGCAAUGGCACUUCUUCUUAUGGCAGUGGUGGUGGCGGUGGUAGUGGCAACAACUACUACAGCAGUAAUUACGGCAAUGAUGGCGGUAAUUAUGGUGGUAACUCUUCUUCUGGUCCCGACUGGUGGGGUAAUUAAGCACACACACACAAACACAUAUUAUCUAAGAGUUAAGAGAGCGUACGAGCGUGAGAGAGAGUUAAAGAUAUAAAAUGAUUGAAAUUUUAAAAGCUUAGAAGAAAAAGCUCCCCCCAAGAGUUAUAAAAAUACAAAAAUAAUAGUUGAUCAAAAACCAUAAACAAAAUAUCACAGUAAAUUAAAUUAAUUGCAACAUAAUACAAAAUAUAAGCAAAAAUCUUUUGAAAUAUAUUACAAAAAAUAUAUAUUAAAAUAUUAAAGAAAAAAAAACAUAUUUUAUUUAAAAACAAAACAAAAAAACUUAAUAUUUUUUCAUUUCUAUUUUUUUAUAUAAUUAUAAAUAAUUACAACACACACCAAUAAUUGUCUUUGAAGAAGUAAUACAAUUAUAAAUUUCACACAUAGAAAUAACAGAAAUUAGCUGAAGAAUUCGUCAACACAUUUAAUAAACCUUUGUUUUAUUAAAAUAA